UAGAUCAGAUAGAUAUCACUGUAAAUAUAUUGAAUCUAAGCUAUUCGGUUUGGUUCUUUCCCUCUCUCUCAUGGAAAAAAAACCAUUAAAUUAUCUGUACAUCACCGUCUUCCUCUGGCAGAUAAAAGAGGUGGGCACUGUCAUUAAAACAAACAAGAAUCCAUAUUCCCAUCAUAUCUCUAUCUUACAGCUCUGGCUCUUUCUACUUAUCUUUUUUAGCUGUAUUUGCUGUAAAUGCAGCCUAGUUUAACUAUUUCUUUUAGAUGGGGAAGAAAGGAGGGACUUCAUGGUUGACUGCUGUGAAAAGGGCUUUUAGAUCUCCUACUAAAGAGAGUCAUGACAAUAGAAGUAGUAGAAGGGAGGAACCUGACCAGCUAGAAGAAGAUGAAGAAAAGAAGGGAGAUAAGCGAAGGUGGAUAUUUAGGAAACCCACAAGUCAAGAAACGGGAACGAAACAAGCCCCAGUGAAGGCUACAGGUAGUGGUGGUGCAGGUGCAGCAACAGAUGGUGCAACUGCGGCAGCAGAGCAAAGGUAUGCUAUUGCUGUGGCUGUGACUAAGGCAGCGGCAGCUGAGACUGCUGUGGCCACGGCUAAGGCGGCUGUACGUGGGGCUCGGUUGACUAGACCUUCUAAUUAUGCUAGAGAACACCACUAUGCUGCCAUUGUUAUUCAGACCGCUUUUAGAGGCUACCUGGCAAGGAGAGCUCUUCGUGCACUAAAAGGAUUGGUGAAGUUGCAAGCUUUAGUAAGAGGUCACAAUGUGAGAAAGCAAGCCAAGAUGACACUGCGGUGCAUGCAAGCUCUGGUUAGAGUGCAGGCUCGGGUUCGUGAUCAAAGAAUGAGGCUCUCGCAUGAUGGAAGCAGAAAAUCCGCAUUUAGCGAUACAAAUAGCGUAUGGGAAUCACGAUAUCUUCAAGACAAUACUGACAGAAAAUCACUAUCAAGAGAAGGAAUUAGCAUUGCAGAUGAUUGGGAUGAAAGGCCGCACACAGUUGAGGAAGUUAAAGCUAUGUUGCAACACAGAAAAGAAGCUGCUUUGAAGCGUGAAAAGAACUUUUCACAGGCAUUGUCUCAACAGAUGUGGAGAGCUCGUAGGAGCCCAUCAAUGGGUGAUGAAGACGAGCUCGAAGGUAGACCAAAAUGGCUUGAUCGUUGGAUGCCUGCUAAGCCAUGGGAUAACAGAGGAAGAGCUUCAACUGAUCAAAGAGAUCCUGUCAAAACUGUAGAAAUUGACACCUCCGAGCCUUACUCAUAUUUAGCACCUAAUUACCGAAGAACAAAUUCAAACCAAUAUCACCAACAUCAAACCCAAACCCAAAGGCCUAGUUCACCCCUGCAUAGAUCUCAACAGAAUGCACCCCACCACCACCCCCUGGUUACACCCUCUCCAUCCAAAACCCGACCUAUUCAAGUUCGGUCUGCGAGCCCUCGUUGUCUCAGAGAAGAUAGAAGCUCAAUUUCAUCUCAAACACCGAGCUUAAGGUCCAAUUACUAUUACAUUGGCAGGGUUGGUUCUCAUACUAGUGGUAGUGGCAAUAAUGCUGCUACAUUGCCUAAUUACAUGGCAGCAACUGAGUCUGCAAAGGCUAGAAUCAGGUCUCAAAGUGCACCAAGGCAGAGGCCAUCUACACCAGAGAGGGACCGAAUCGGUUCAGCAAGGAAACGGCUAUCAUUUCCGGUCCCAGAACCUUAUGGUGUUGGGAUGAGAUAUGGAUGUUAUGGUCAUGAUUUGAGGAGUCCAAGUUUCAAGAGUGUAAGUGGAUCACAUUUUGGUUUGGAACAACAGUCUAACUAUUCUUCUUGCUGUACUGAGAGCCUUGGCGGUGAGAUCUCCCCAUCUUCAACUAGUGAUCUUAGAAGGUGGUUGAGGUGAUCCUUGGUUGAAAGUUGAAAAACAGUUUGGUAAUUAUGUAGCUUCUUUGCCUAGUUUGCUUUUAUCUGUUUUGGAGAGGGUAGUGGGUGGCUAUUCGUUUAGGUAAUUGGAUGAUCAAAGUGUGUUCGUUGUUGAUUUUAUUUUUCACCAAUUUUUGUUUAAAAGUGACGCUAUAAGUGAGGCAAAUGUGAUGACCCUCCUCACUGGAAUCUUAUUUCAUGAGAUUCAUAACCAAAUUGAGUGACUCUUUUGACUGUCUAAUACUAUUAAGUAACUCCGUAAUUCUGUUCUUCUGUUGCCUCUACUUACAUAAAAACCUUCUUAUCUUUCCGUGUACAGUAUUCAAGUUUAGUC